UCUCCCUCCCAUCCGUCGCCUCACUUCAUCGACCAACCUCAACCACCACCACCACCACCAUCACUACCAGCAAACACAAGCACCACAAUAUCCAUGCGCCCAACAACCCCCCUCCUCCCCCUCCUCCUCCUCUUUCUGUCAUCGGCUCCCCUAACAACCGCCCAAUUCGGCACCUUCUUCGACCAAAUGUUCGGCUCAUCCUCCUCCUCCAACCAACGCGAGCGUGGAAACGUCCCCAGCGACUCAAGCUGGUACCGGCAGACUUACGAUAGUGCAACUUGUAGCAACUACCUAUGUCCGGGAACACUGGCGUGCGUGGAUAAGCCGACGCAUUGCCCGUGCGCAUGGCCAGGUGUUGAAGAGAAGUUUGAGUUGGACGCGGAUGGGAUUGCGGUUUGCUUGAGUCGCAGUGGGAGGGCGGGAUUUGUGGGGAGGAAGGUGGACUUGGCGCGGAAGGGACUACUGUGAGGAGGUAUUGAUUCCAAAAGGAACGGGUAGGAUGUAUGAUAUAUUUGUUUUUCGGGCUUUGUGGUUUACGUUUGGGUAGAAUGCUUUCCGGUCCUCUUUUGUAUCUUCUAUUCCACCGACACGAAGCGGAAUGGGAAAUCGGUAAUAAGAAUUUCCUGUUGGUUGGUUUUACAAUACUU